UUCGGCCGCGGUGGCGGGGAAGGGAGUGGGUUUAGAAACAUCGCGCGUCGGUGGUGUGCCCGGGCCACCUGAGGCACGUGGCUUUCUUACGGUUCAGGCCGCUGAGUGUGUUGUCUGCGGUCUGCCCCCUCGGGGAGAGGAAAACAGAGAGGUUCUUUGGGGGACAGAGCUGGAGCUCGUAAAGAGGAAGGGAGCAACCGGGGGCUUUAAAGCUCCUGACGGCAGGCCUGCCGCCGGGAAUCGUGGAGCAACUGAGAGGGCACGGUCCCGGCAGCCAGAGUGCGCCCCCCUAGGAUCUGGGCUGGUGCGGAGGAGGGAGGGCCUGAGCCACCCGCGCGAUGUUCGGGGCCUGGCGCCUGCUCCGAGUCCUGCGCUCCUGUUCCUCUGCCCCCUGCCCGAGACCCAAGCCUGCAGCCAAACUGAGCGUGCGGGAAGCUCUCAGGGCCCAGAACUCGAAUGGGGAGCGCGUUAAGGUUCAGGGAUGGAUUCGUUCAGUCCGAUCCCAGAAGGAAGUCUUGUUCCUGCAUGUAAAUGAUGGGUCCUCUUUGGAAAGCCUUCAGGUUGUAGCAGAUUCAAACUUUGACAGUAGAGAACUGGCUUUUGGGAGCUCUGUGGAAGUUCAUGGAAAGUUGGUAAAAAGUCCAGCCAAAAGACAAAAUGUGGAGCUGAAAGCAGAAAAGAUUGAAGUUGUUGGCAAUUGUGACCCCAAGGAUUUCCCUUUUAAAUAUAAAGAGAGGCCUCCUCUGGAGUAUCUAAGACAAUUUCCUCACCUUAGGUGUAGGACUAAUGCCUUGGGUUCUAUACUGAGGGUUCGCAGUGAAGCCACAGCUGCUAUUCAUUCUUUCUUUAAGGACAGUGGCUUUGUGCAUAUUCAUACUCCAAUAAUCACAUCCAAUGACUGUGAGGGCGCUGGAGAACUUUUCCAAGUUGAACCUUCAAGCAAAAUAAAGGUACCUGAAGAGAAUUUCUUCGAUGUUCCUGCUUUCUUAACUGUCUCGGGACAACUUCACCUAGAAGUGAUGUCAGGAGCUUUUACUCAAGUGUUUACCUUUGGCCCAACAUUCCGAGCAGAGAAUUCUCAGAGCCGGAGACACCUGGCCGAGUUCUAUAUGGUAGAAGCAGAGAUUUCUUUCGUUGAGAGCCUUCAAGAUCUUAUGCAGGUUAUGGAGGGGCUCUUCAAGUCUGCAACAAUGAUGGUUCUCUCAAAUUGUCCUGAAGAUGUUGAGCUCUGUCACAAAUUCAUGGCUCCUGGCCAAAAGGACAGAUUAGAACAUAUGCUGAAAAACAACUUUUUAAUCAUUUCUUACACUGAAGCAGUGGAGAUCUUAAAGCAGGCGUCCCAGAACUUCACCUUCACCCCAGAGUGGGGUGUCGAUCUACACACUGAACAUGAAAAGUACCUGGUGAAGCACUGUGGCAAUGUACCAGUCUUUGUCAUUAAUUACCCAUUAGCACUCAAGCCGUUCUACAUGAGAGAUAAUGAAGAUGGGCCUCAGCACACAGUUGCAGCUGUUGAUCUUCUGGUUCCUGGAGUUGGAGAGCUCUUUGGAGGAAGCCUCAGAGAGGAACGGUACCAUUUCUUAGAGCAGCGACUGGCCAGCUCAGGACUGACGGAAGCCUACCAAUGGUAUCUGGACCUCCGUCGAUUUGGAUCUGUGCCACAUGGAGGUUUUGGGAUGGGAUUUGAACGCUAUCUGCAGUGUAUCUUGGGAAUUGACAAUAUCAAAGACGUCAUCCCUUUUCCAAGAUUUACUCAUUCAUGUCUUUUAUAAAUGGAAGACUGAUUGAGGGAAACUGCCCAAGCCACAGGUACUGUACUUGAAUGUGCAUAUAGCAGAUGCAUGUUUGGAUUUUAGAAAUACAGAAGUUUUCAAAAUGUACUUGUCAUACCAUAGCAUAUAACAUAUAAAGAAUAAAAGUGAUCAUGAUUUCUUAUAAAGUACAGGGCAUUUCAUGGAAAGAUGAAUUCUCUCAAGAAGACAUACUUAUAGCAGGUAGAAUCUCAAAUCCAUUAUAUCAAUUAAUAAGAAAUGAAGGUAUUGAACAAGAUGGUUUCAAAGUUCCUUUCAGACUUUAAGAGAGGAUGAGAUUGUGUAUUUUACUUUGUCUUUAAUGGUUAGAUCACUACCUUGUGCGACCUUUGAGAAACAUUUAGUAGCUAAAAAUAAAAUGUUGGAUCUUUUCUAGCUUGCCAUUUAA